GGCAGUAGCACUAACAGCGCCUCCAACCGGAGCCGCAACCCCAGACUCAGCCUCCACCCCGGCCCCGGCGCCACUGCUGCAGUCAUGGCUGCUGAUGGGGUGGACGAACGCUCGCCUCUGCUCUCCGCAUCCCAUUCUGGAAAUGUCACUCCCACGGCCCCUCCAUACUUACAAGAAAGCAGCCCCAGAGGGUUUAAGGUUGGCUGUGGACCUGCAGGAAGAGAUGAUGUAGACCCAGAGACCCGCACUAUAUGCACAACCAACUCGGAACUCCCACCUCCGUACACAGCCAUUGCCAGUCCAGAUGCCAGUGGUAUUCCAGUAAUAAACUGCCGCGUGUGCCAGUCUCUCAUCAAUUUGGAUGGCAAGCUUCACCAGCAUGUGGUUAAGUGCACGGUUUGCAAUGAAGCUACGCCAAUCAAAAACCCCCCAACAGGGAAGAAGUAUGUUAGAUGCCCUUGUAAUUGUCUCCUCAUUUGUAAGGACACAUCACGGCGAAUAGGAUGUCCAAGACCCAACUGUAGACGCAUAAUUAACCUUGGCCCAGUAAUGCUUAUUUCUGAAGAACAGCCAGCUCAACCUGCAUUACCAGUCCAACCAGAAGGUACAAGAGUCGUGUGUGGGCACUGUGGAAACACGUUCUUGUGGAUGGAACUGAGGUUCAACACUCUGGCAAAAUGCCCACACUGCAAAAAAAUUUCCUCUGUGGGUAGUGCACUUCCUCGAAGACGCUGCUGUGCAUAUAUUACCAUUGGAAUGAUAUGUAUUUUCAUUGGAGUUGGAUUAACUGUUGGCACCCAAGGUUUUGCAAGGCGAUUUCAUGCAACGUAUGUUUCUUGGGCAGUUGCUUAUCUCUUAGGUUUGAUCUGCCUUAUCCGAGCUUGUUAUUGGGGAGCUAUAAGAGUGAGUUAUCCAGAACACAGUUUUGCAUAAGCUUGUUUAUGAUUUGGUAAUGCAGGUGAGAGUAUCUAGCAGUUCUGGAUAAACUACUCUGGCAUCUUUAAAUCAUUUACCUAAUGGAUUUCAUUCUGGUUUAUGUAUGAAGUUUUAAGACUUUGAGAGUCUUUUAUGAACAAAUGCUCAUUGUACUACAUUAUAUGCAAAUAGGUUGUUUUGCUGCUAAGUUUUCAAGCUCCAAAUAAUAAAGCUUGGUCUUCAUGU